AACCCCACAGCGACCAACACUGGCAUUAAAGGAGGGUUCCGAUACCUUAUGUAUAUAUAUUACUCCGUAGCCCUCCACCCCUGUAACACUGGUGCCCGCCAUCACGAGUGCCUAGCGUAUGGCCGACAGCAGGGGUUGCGCCCGAUCCUCGAGGGUGUACAAAAAGAGUGGACGUGCCUUGAGGCCGGCCGCGCAUGCACAGUGGAAAAGGGGGAACUCGACUCUAUAAAUAAGUCGCUUAAAUAAAACAAGUACUGAUUGUUAUGUUAGAAAGGUUGUUUUCUUAAGACAUUUGUGGUAAUGUCAUUAAGAACAAUGUGAAUACUACAAUGCGAAUACAAAGAAUAAAAUUUGUUGGUUGUUUCCUCGUUCUCAUUUCACUGAACGUUAAAAUAUCAAAUGGGAUUGGUGGAGGACAUUCACUUACGUUUAAAACGAGAGGAUCUUUUAGUGAUACCAGUAUUGGAUCAGAUGUAUUUUUUGAAAUCAUAUAUCCUCCAGAAUUGGAGUACACCUAUAAAUUAAGACCUGCUAAAGAUUUUGGAGCUCCUUUUAAUGCAAGUUUCUUGGAAGAAAGAAUCCCUUUGGUUCCAACUGAUCCUCCACAUGGAUGCCAGAUAGCAAAGAAUGCCAAGGAAUUAAAAGGUAGAAUAGCAUUGGUUGAAAGAGGAGAUUGUAGUUUUUUUGCUAAAAGCAUAAUGGCAGAAGAAGCUGGAGCAAAAGCUGUAAUUAUAGCAGAUUAUCAUUCUUCCUCUAUGGAAGAAUCGAUAACAAGUCCACUAUGGGCUGACUAUUACUAUGUAGAAAUGAUACGCGACGAUACUAUCCCACCUUCAAAGACAGUAAACAUUCCUGCUGGAUUUUUGCUCGGUAAGAACGGUAAAAUGAUCCGGCAAACGCUACAACGUUUGAAUCAACCUUUUGCCUUAAUCAACAUCCCAGUGAACUUAACUUACACUUCUUUAGAUAAGUUACAUCAACCACCGUGGUUGUUUUGGUGAUCUUCAAUAAAGUUUUGUAUGAACUUUCGCAUAAUAAAACAAAUGCGUUGACUUGUAUUGUUAGAAUGAUGAAAUCGUUAUGAAAAAAGAAAAACAGAAAGAAAAAUAUAUAAAAUUAGUUGCAAUGAAAGUAAUUAUAUAAACAGUUUAUUAUGUAUUGUAAUAGUAAAAAAAAGAGAAAAGAAAUGCAAUUGAUUAGAACUUGUUCUUUUAAAAUUCAUAGUUAUUUCGAGAUAGGUCGGGUCUCUUUUUGCAACCAUUCAAGUGCUGGAGCAUUUUCUGGUCCUUGUAAUAGAGGCCUCAGGGUAUUCCAACAUCUUAGAUGGUAAUUAUUUAGGUAUUCGAUCUAUGGAAAAAAAACGUUAUAAUUAAUUAUAUGACGAUAAUCAAAAUAUAAGAAACAAAUCGAAUGUAUACCUCAUUAUCUGUUAAUAAGGAAAGAUCAAGUAGCUUAGUAUGUAUAGGCACCAAUGUAACGGUUUCAAAAGUAAGAAAGCCACGAUUUUUGUGAUUA